AUGCCACCUCAUUCUUCCAACACACGUACAUCCACAUUCUCAAGGAACACAACAGCUGCUACUUCCUCCCUUAAACGUCGACAGCAACAAUCUUCUUUUGCGUCAAGCAAACCAGCAACAAAACGACCAGCAUGGGACAUUCGGGGACGAAUGCAAGAUAUGGAAGAUCAGUUACAAGACAAUGAGGAUACGAUCCACAACUUGGAAAAGUACCGUGAUAGCUUGAGAGGCGUGAAUACCAAGGAGAUGAUUCUACAGAUUUCCAAGACGAAGGCUGAUCUUAAGGCCAUUGAGAAGAAGAACAGGCUAGAGAUUGAAGGUCUCAAGGACAAGCAGCUGAUCCAUGAACAAGAGCUCGAAGACAAGAAGUUGAUCUAUAAGGUGCAGAUCCCGUUAUUGGAAGAGGAAAUCAAGCAAGCGAAGCGAGAGCUUUUAGAGCUUGAGCAACAAUCGAAUCAAGAAACAAUUGAUCAUGCACAACUUCAGGCAAAAGCUGUCGAAUGCACCAAAGCAUUCAAGGAAUUGAAGAUGCAAAUUAAGGAGCUCAUGUCAAGAACAGAACAUGGAGAAGAGCUUCUUGCUGAGCGUGAGCAAUUGAUUGAUCAAGAAACCAAAGAGCUGGAAAAGGAAACUGAAAAGCUGGACAAGUUGCGUCAAAAACUCAAGGAGGAAGAACGCUUACGCCAUCAUCUGGAAGCUACUGUGGAGGAACUCAAGGCCAAGGCAAGAGAUGUUCGACCUUGGAAGGGAGAUGCUGCUUCUGAUUAA